ACUUCCCAGGGAGAGACGAGGACAUCGCUGCGGCCGAAACACGACGGCAUUUAAAACCCCAUUUUUCUCAGUGAAGUAGGGGGAAAGGUGCACAGAAAACCAUGUCCAAGCGAAAAAUAGACAUUGAUCCAUCGACGCUCAAAAAGAGAUAUCAAGGAGAUUAUGAAAAGGAUUCAGACAGAGACAGUGGCUACCAUAGCCAUGGAAAUGCAAGUGCUAAUUCCGGCUAUGGCCACCAGCAGAGAGGGGCAGUUGCAAUGUCUCUUAAUCCUUUUACAAAUCUACCUUAUACACCAAGAUAUUAUGAAUUAUAUAGGAAAAGAAUUGGCUUGCCAGUAUGGGAAUACCGUAAUAGAUUCUUUGAGUUGUUGGGUCGUCAUCAGACCAUUGUAUUAGUUGGAGAGACCGGUUCCGGUAAAACUACACAGAUGCCCCAGUGGUGUGUUGAGUUUGCUCGUUCGAAAGGAAAGAAAGGAGUUGCGUGUACCCAACCCAGGAGAGUAGCAGCCAUGUCAGUAGCUCAACGUGUAGCAGAGGAAUUAGAUGUAGCUCUUGGACAAGAGGUUGGUUAUUCCAUCCGUUUUGAAGAUUGUUCAUCAUCAAAGACUGUUCUCAAGUACAUGACUGAUGGUAUGUUACUUAGAGAAGCUAUGAGUGAUCCGAUGCUUGAAAAUUACCAGGUGAUCUUGCUUGAUGAAGCUCAUGAACGUACACUGGCAACAGAUAUUCUCAUGGGUGUCUUGAAGGAGGUCCUUAAGCAACGAAGCGACUUGAAGCUAGUAGUUAUGUCUGCCACUUUAGAUGCUGGUAAAUUCCAGCAUUACUUUGAUAAAGCCCCCCUACUGAAUGUCCCAGGCAGAACUCAUCCUGUCGAAAUUUUCUACACACCAGAGCCUGAGAGGGAUUACUUAGAAGCUGCCAUUAGAACUGUCAUACAGAUACACAUUUGUGAAGAAAUAGCUGGGGAUGUUUUGUUGUUCCUUACUGGUCAAGAAGAAAUUGAAGAAGCAUGUAAGCGCAUCAAGAGAGAGGUAGAUGCUCUUGGGCCAGAUGUUGGAGAGCUCAAAUGUAUACCUCUGUAUUCAACACUCCCUCCCAAUCUCCAACAAAGAAUUUUUGAAGCUCCACCUCCUAACAAACCCAAUGGCGCUAUUGGUCGUAAGGUGGUGGUAUCAACAAAUAUUGCAGAAACAUCACUAACAAUUGAUGGUGUUGUGUUUGUGAUUGAUCCAGGUUUUGCAAAACAGAAGGUGUACAAUCCAAGAAUCCGUGUAGAAUCAUUGUUGGUCUCACCAAUCAGUAAGGCUUCUGCUCAGCAGCGUGCUGGUCGAGCAGGUCGAACCAGACCUGGCAAAUGUUUCCGCUUAUACACAGAGAAGGCUUUCAAAAAUGAGAUGCAGGACAAUACCUACCCAGAAAUUCUCAGAUCAAAUCUUGGCUCAGUAGUUUUACAACUGAAGAAAUUGGGCAUUGAUGAUCUUGUGCACUUUGACUUCAUGGAUCCACCAGCACCUGAGACACUUAUGAGAGCCUUGGAGCUGCUAAACUACCUGGCAGCCCUCAAUGAUGAUGGUAAUCUGACUGAAUUAGGUGCAAUUAUGGCUGAGUUCCCACUUGAUCCUCAGCUGGCCAAGAUGGUUAUUGCUUCUUGCGAUUUCAACUGCUCAAACGAAAUUCUGUCUAUCACUGCCAUGCUCUCAGUACCCCAGUGCUUUGUGCGCCCUAAUGAGGCUAAGAAGGCUGCAGACGAGGCCAAGAUGAGAUUCGCCCACAUUGAUGGUGACCACCUUACGCUGCUCAAUGUCUACCAUGCCUUCAAACAAAAUAUGGAGGAUGUGCAGUGGUGCUAUGACAACUUUGUCAACUACCGUUCACUCAAAUCAGCUGAUAACGUUCGGCAACAGCUCUCCAGGAUCAUGGACCGAUUCAGCCUCAAACGUACCUCAACCGACUUCAAUUCUCGUGACUACUACAUUAACAUCCGCAAGGCUCUUGUAUCAGGGUUCUUCAUGCAGAUUGCUCAUCUUGAAAGAACUGGGCAUUACAUGACCAUCAAAGAUAACCAGGUUGUGCAGCUUCACCCAUCCACUUGUUUAGACCACAAACCAGAGUGGGUCCUUUACAAUGAGUUUGUCCUAACCACGAAAAACUACAUCCGCACAGUGACAGAUAUAAAACCUGAGUGGCUGAUAAAAGUUUCUCCAAACUACUAUGACAUGCAGAACUUCCCACAGUGUGAAGCCCGGCGGCAGCUGGAGAGUAUUGUUGCACGUCUGGAAUCUAGACAGUAUAGAGAAGGGUUCUAGGUGUCUUCAGAGGGGCACUAGGUGAAACAUUGAAAGUAAUUAAUAAACUAGAAACUGUAAUCUAUGGCAGAGUUUUUAUUUGUUGGCAUAUUGUGGAAUAGGUCAAUAGCUGAACCACUCUUUCUUGAAUAGGAAAUUUGCAGAAGAUUAUGGGGUUGGGAAAAAGUUAUGACUUAGAUUGAUGGGUAUAAAACAGAAGCAGUCUUAGUGUCUUUUUUUAUGUAGACGGAAUGUGAAGUAAUGGGUAUUAGUUGUGUAUGUUUUGAAUAUUUUAUAAAUGCUUUAUUUUUCACAUUUAAAUAUUUCAUUGUUUGGUUAUAAGUCCUGAACUGUUACUAUAGGAAAUGAAAAUGUAUAAAGCAGUUAUUAAUAUGGGUUUUAGGGAUUUUGGGCAUGUCACAAGAUAGCCAUUACUUCUUUAGAACAUAUUUAAAAGACCUCAUUUUGAGGAAACUCAUUGAAAUGGUUGGAAAUCAUCUUAUUUUCUAUUAUAAAUAAUUGUAAUGUAUGUACAAACCUUCAGACUUCUGUAUGAAAUUUCUUUGUUGAUUUCAUUGUCACAUUUCUGGUAGUAUUUUUUGAACCUUUAGAAAAAUGGACAAAAACCAGUCUAAAGGCUACUACCAUAAGAUAUCAUUCCCAUUGUGUACUCACUGAAGAUGCCAGUAGUUUAAUUAUAAGCACCAGUGCUACGGCAUGUAGCAGGGUCCACAGAUAAUCUUCAUGUAGAAAAAGGAAAAAAAAAUCUUUUGGCUUAUGUUCAGCAAUUAAUAAAAGAUUUUCUUAA